AUGAAUCCUUCGGUUCCAGGGACCAAUAAACAAGGCUCACCAAACAGCCAUGGUGCGGUUAAUCCCAACGGUGCUGGAAGCUCGUUGAGCCCCGUCACGACAUCUAUUCCAGACCCAGGCUCCUCUGGUUCAACUGGAUCCUUAGAAGAAACGACUGGGAAGCGUAUAGCAUGUAUAGAAUGUCGGCAGCAGAAAGUGCGAUGUGACGGUCAUGAAAAAUGGCCUGGCCCUUGUACAAGAUGUAUAAAGCGGAAAACUGAAUGCAAGAUGGAGCCAAAUUUCAAGAGAACUUCUAAGCGUCAGCGAAUGAUGGAGCUCGAAAGAGAAAUGGAAGACUUGAAGAAGAGAACUGGCCUUACUUCUCUAAAUGUGAACUCUGACGGUACAUUGUCACCUCCCUCAAAAUAUCACAAUUCCAAUGGAACUUUUAAUCACCCUCCGCAAAGUCAGCUUCCAAUUCACAAAUUACUACCAUCUCCAAUUUACUUUCCUCAACGACAUGAUUCGGGGAUGCCCACUCAUCGACCAGAAUGGGUUGUGAAUAAUUGGGAAUGUUCACCGAAAACCAUUGAUGGUUUUACUCUUUCUUCUGAUACCAUAAAGAACUUGUUCAAGGAAUUCGUUGAUAAGUACCAUCCGUUUUUACCGGUAGUGGAUGUUUCUCGCGGUCCUGAACAAAUAUACCACCUGUGCCCAUCUUUGUUUUGGACCAUAAUGGCUGUAGCUUCUAGAAGGUAUGACAAAGAUGGAGAGCUCAUGAUGCAAUUGACCCCUUUAUUAAAUAGCUGUUUGGCCGAGAUUACUAUCUCUCCAGUAACAAAAUAUGGGUCCAUUGACCAAUCCGUAACGCAAGGAAGGGCGGGGAUUUCUAGGCAUGAUGAUGAUAGCAACACUUCAAGGCCUGCAAGCUCCAACACAAAUACUGUCUUGAAUCUUGCAUCUGUCUAUUCGGUGCAGGCUUUCUUGAUUUGUACUAUGUGGCCUCCCUUGACAUCUACAAUUAGCGCCGAUUCAUCUUGGAACUCUGCUGGUAUUGCCAUGUUUAAUUCGAUCCGCGUAGGGUUACAUUGUCCUGGUUAUGCGCGAGAUUUUGGCAGAAUCAAGCAAGAUAAUGCCAUCUAUCCUAAAAUUACUGAGCAAGUUAGAACGUGGAUAUGCUGUAAUAUUGUCUCGCAGUCCGUUGCGGGUAUGUUUGGCUUUCCUUCUUUUACAAGCUUUGAUGCUACUGUUCUGUCUGCUUGUAGAGUUGACUCGGGUAUCGAUAUUCCUGAGUCGAUUCGGUUAAUGAUGACUAUACAGCGGCUAGAAAACGAGAUUGAGAAGGGGUUAAACUCGAAUCUAAAAGAUCCGCUAGGAUUAUCCGAACUAUCGGAGCGCCUUUCUAUUAUACAGAUGAUGGCCCAGAAGCUAGAUGAGCUUGAAUUAAGCCUUUCAUCGUCUAGUGAGUUUGAUGAGUCUCGUCGGUUUAUGUUUCUUGUUUCGCGAGUUCACUUGAUGACAUACUAUUUCUUGGAUAAUGAUCGACUGAAUAGCUUUCAACGCCAACGUGGCUUGGUGCAAGCUUAUAACGCUGCACUAGCAUUGCUGGACCACUCCGAUAAUGUCUGUCGUAGAGAUAAAGAUUUCAUUCGGUAUCUACCUCAGGUCUAUAUUCAAUUGCUAUGGCAGUCAGCGACUAUUGUGAACAAAAUCUAUCAUUCCCAGUACGCGCAAUACGUUGAUGCGCAUGCCGGCAGAGCCUUAUAUAUUGCUACAGUCCAGCAUAUUGGCAAGGCUUCAAUUUUGAAGCACGAUGUGUCGUAUAGAGCAGCCGAGAUUAUGCAGCAGAUCUGGCAGGUAUAUGAUGCUUUAGUUGAUAGACCAGAUCCUCACGACCUUACGUUGGAGGCGAAAGUUUCUAUUAGGACUAGAAUGGCUGCUAGUGUAUUUUUCGAUUGUCUUUGGACCAUGAGAGAACAAUGUGAGAUUCGUAGUGUGGCUCCUGCAAUUCUUAACCAGCGGACGACAAGUACUCCUGACAAUGUUGAAGAGAGCCUCCCAGAAAACAAUACGAGUACUAGUGUGACGGGCUUGUCAGGGCGAUCUAUGACGACAACGCCGACAUCUUCUUUACACCAGCAACAACCAACGACUCAACAGCUGUCAACUAUUCCUCUGACUUAUCCUGUUGCUCAAGAACAUGUUGACAUAACGUCUGGCUCAAUUUCGAACAAUGCAGGUAUUGCUGUGUCACUAUCUAACUCCAGUGUACAACAACCACAACCUGUUACGGCCCCUAAUGUUCCCCUGGGAGUGUCAGGUUCCAGUACGCCUAUCUCGCUUGCUCCAUUCAGGCCUGUUUCGGCUACCGCCAGUGCUAUCCGUGAUCAGCCUAAUUCACCUUCACUUGGUGGUGUUGGUUCUAUGACUCUCACCCCUGGCACCACUGCAACUUCGACACCGACCCAAGCCAAUAGGUUAUCACAGCAACCUAUAUCCACAAGUUCUAAUAAUCCGGCAAAUGGGACGGCUACAGGAACUGGUUUCGAAUGGGAUUAUGAUCUUGUAUGGAAAGAUGUGGAUUCAAUGAUGAACGAUUUUGGUUUCCGUGUAGAGGAGGUUGCUUCAUUUAUGUAA